AUGAGAGGAGGAGAGGAGGAGAGGAAGAGAGAUCGGAAUCAUUCGAAGGUCCAUCAUACCUGCCUAGGUAUGCAUUUUCUCCUGCGCGAUCACAAGACGCUCGCAAUUCAAAUGUAUCACAGCUUAGACUGGGUGCUGCACGCUUUGUCACUCAAGUCAAAUAAAUGCCCGAUCUGGUCCUUCUCAUUCAUUCUACCUUACCCAUCCUCCAACGUCUGGUGCCUUGUCUUCCCGACAUCGAAACUCCAACCCUCUUAUGAUUUAAGUGAACAUGCUAAAAAAUUACAACGCGGCACGCCUUCUCUGGUACAAUAUCAGACUCGCACAUCUUUCUCACGUGAUGAUUCGACGACGGGGACAUUCCCCAUGAUACCUACAACAUCCGGUCUUGACGUUGACAGUCCCGUCUUCUACCCCCCUGGUCGUGCCUUGACCCCGUCCGUCCCUUUGGUUUCAGCACUGAAACACCAUCGCAGGCUCGGCGUCACCCCUCUUCUGGGACGAUACUCGGCUCGUUUGAGACUUCACGUCUUUGCCCUUCUGGUCCUCGUUCUCGUCCUCAUCGGGAAUCCCUCCUUUCCGCCCCGUCCGGGCCCCCUUGCGCCGCUGUCGUCCUCGUCCUCGUCCUCGCUUCCCCCACGAUCAACGAACAACUUCGUUUCUACUCCAUCAUCACUAUUUCCUGGCUUUCUUACCAUCAUCGGAUGUGUCAUUCUUUCUAUCGUUCCCAGUUGA